AUGGGCACUACAGAAGCAACGCUGAGAAUUGACAACAUGGAAGUGCGAGAUGAGUGGCAGGAUGAAGACUUCCCCAGACCACUCCCUGAGGACGGAGACAUGGAUCCCUCCUGUGGGCUGUCUGAUAAUAAAACCUCUCCUCCUCUAAACUCGAGUCCACCUCGAGCGGGAGGAGGGCCUCGACAAAAGCGGCGCACACUGAUCGCUCCCGAGAUGAAUCUAUCUCUGGACCAAAGUGAGGGCUCCCUGCUGUCCGAUGACUUCCUUGAUACUCCUGAUGACCUGGACAUAAACAUUGACGACAUUGACACACCAGAUGAGACAGAUUCACUUGAAUUCAUUACCAACGGCAAUGACUUGGAGUGGGAAGAUGAUGCACCAGUGGCCUCUGCCAAAGCAGGGCCUGGAAACUCAAUGGGAGAGGAGGAUGAAGGGAAUGCAAAUGAACGUCUGUGGAGGACAGUAGUUAUAGGAGAACAGGAACAUCGCAUUGACAUGCAAGUCAUUAGGCCGUAUAUGAAAGUCAUCUCACACGGAGGAUAUUAUGGAGAAGGUCUAAAUGCCAUCAUUGUGUUUUCUGCGUGUUAUCUGCCCGAAAGCAGCAGCUCUGACUACAACUACAUCAUGGAAAACCUUUUCUUAUAUGUGGUGAGCAGCCUGGAAAUGCUGGUUGCUGAAGAUUACUUGAUCAUAUACAUGAAUGGAGCCACGCCUCGAAGUAAAAUGCCAGGGAUCAGCUGGCUGAAGAAAUGUUACCAGAUGAUUGACCGAAGACUGAGGAAGAACCUGAAAUCUCUUGUCAUUGCUCAUCCUACCUGGUUCAUAAGGACUGUGCUGACUAUAUCAAGACCCUUUAUCAGUGUGAAAUUUAUGAAUAAGAUCCGUUACGUGCAUAGUCUGGAAGAAUUGGCCGAAAUCAUUCCAAUGGAACACAUCCAUGUACCUGAGUGUGUGGUGCAGUAUGAUCAAGAGAAAAUUAAAGUCAGAAGAGAAAGGCUGGAGCAAGAGCAGAAACAGCAGGAAAAGCAACAAUCUCUCUCACAGGUUUCAGUAAAGAAGUCUGCGAGGCCCAUGUCAAUGGCUGCUGAUUAA